AUGGCGCCUUCCUUCCGGGCCGGAGACUACUGUACAGCUUCAUCAUGGCCGCUCUAAAGAGAGCGGAACGUGUCCAUGUCUUUGGCUUUGAGAUUCCAGAAGAAGAAUUCCGUGACGGGAUCCCUCAGGAGAAGUCACCAAGCUUCACUUUUCAUGAUGGAUUCUCUGACCCUCUGGAUUGGGAGAAGAGUUUAGCCUCGAUGAGUCUCCGUGACCUCUGUGUACGGGGGAUCAGGGAUCGGGUGGGUGAUGGGGUCGGCCCAGUCACCAUUGUCCUGGACUCCCUCAGCUGGAUCCUGGUGCGGCGCCCCCUGCCCACUGUCUGCCACCUGCUGCGAGAGCUGUCCGCAGAUGACACGCGUGUUGUGGCGCUGCUCCAUGAAGAUCUCCAUGACCCCGGCCUCCUGCGCUCUGUAUGUCUCCUCGCCGAUUCUGUGAUAAGUCUCACCGAUCCUGGAGAAAUCCUCACCGCAAGAGUCAUCCAGCGCAAAAGGAGCGGCAGGGUGGUCACCCAGACUGAAUCUUUCAGGGUCGGUGACGACCUAAAUCUGGAAACUGUCAGUAAGAUGGAGCAGGAACCUGAGGACACUGUGCAGGUGGACCCGACUGUGAACCUGACAUUUAAUCUCCGUCUCACCGAAACUGAACGGGAGCGAAAAGAAUCCGCAACUCUACCGUAUAUAUUCACCGACAGCAAGAAGAUGUCCAUCCUCCAGUCCUCCACCAGGGGGUCCGCCAAGAUCUUCUAUGAUCCGGAGCCGACAGAUGAUGUAGAUGAGGACGACCCCGAUGAUGACUUGGACGUGUGACCUCUACUACAUCAUAUAUAGAACUGCCCUCCAGGACGUGUGACCUCUACUACAUCAUAUAUAGAACUGCCCUCCAGGACGUGUGACCUCUACUACAUCAUAUAUAGAACUGCCCUCCUGGACGUUUGACCUCUACUACAUCAUAUAUAGAACUGUCCUCCUGGACGUGUGACAUCUACUACAUCAUAUAUAGAACUGUCCUCCUGGACGUGUGACAUCUACUACAUCAUAUAUAGAACUGCCCCUCCUGGACGUGUGACACCUGCUACAUCCUGUAAAUAUGGAAUAAAGGACUUUACCAUACUG